GUGUUAUGGUGAAAGCAAAAUCCAAAGAAAUGAGCUCCAAAAUUCUACGUGGAUUUCUAAAUGGGUCACACAGUACUAAAGGAGGUGGUGGAGGGACCUUGGUGUGCAUGAAAACCAAAGCUCAUUGGCGUGUUAUUUUCCAUUACACUUGUACGCUUUCAUCUCCUUUCACUUCCACUUUCUCUCUCCUUCGUGUGCUUUUGCUUCAUAUUCUACCGACAUCACUCCAACCUAAUGGGGCUAACUCUGUUUCUGCGUAG